GAUCCUGGUGGGCGCCCCCCUCCACCGCUCAGGGACGAUUUUCCGGUGCCGGCCGCGCUCCGCCAGCUGCCAGGAGUUGGACAUCCAUGGGUCGUCGGAGGCGGUCAACUCGUCCAUGGGGUUGACGGUGGCCGCGGGGGACAACGAGGCCCUGGUGUGCGGCCCCACGGUGCCCCAGGCCUGCGGGGAGAACGUCCACCUCAACGGCUUCUGCGUCCUCCUCGACGUCAACCUCCAGCAGCUCCAACGCAUCCCGGCCUCCCAACCAGGGUGCCCCAAACGUUCUUCAGACGUGGCGCUCCUCAUCGACGGCUCGGGGAGCAUCGACGAAGGGGAGUUCCAGACGAUGAAGACCUUCAUCGCCGAGGUGAUGAAGAGGUUCCAGGGCACCGACACGCAGGUACCGCCCGCGCCGGUGGCCCUUCAGGUUCUUCGUCCCCGUCGUGUCCUCCCGGGGUUCUUCUGCUCCUCUUGGCGUUGCGUGGGGGGGGGUCUUCGUGAUGGG